UCUUCGACGAUUGCCGAACUAAACCUACGUAGUAGUUCAAAGGUAAUAAUAAAAAUAGAAUUAAAACUGAUAUUGAAAACAAUUUCGAAGUUACUAGAGUAAAGUAAAAGGGGAAAAGAAAAACAGAGGAACUCCCCGACCGGGAAUCGAACCCGGGCCGCCGGCGUGACAGGCCGGAAUACUCACCACUAUACUAUCGAGGACUUCGGUGAGAGUCGAUUGUAAAACAGAGCAUAUAAAAUAAUACCUUCAUUCUAUAUAUUUCCCGUAUGUGUACAGAAUGUCUUCAACGAAGCGCAGCAAAGGACUGGUUUCCUUUGAACUUGCAUUACAGAGAGCUAGAGCAGAAAGGAAUUGGUCAAACGUAUCUGGUUUGUUGAAGAAAAAACCCAAAGGCUUUAGUUCAGUGUUGGGAGAAUUGCUAACGAUUGAAAGCGAGCUGGAGCAGCACGUUGAACGGCUUGGAUUUCUAUCGUCAUCAGAUAUUUCUGCUACUGUUCUGGUCGAGAGCGAGAAGAAACUGCAAGACAUUCUCAUCACUGAGAAAGACAACAAACAAAGUGUGCUUAAUAUUGAAGCUGCGAUUUUAUAUGGUAAAGUCUGUUAUGUGAGAAAAAAUUACACUAAGUCACUGGAGCUGCUGAGUCUCAAACGGCUGGAUGCCGCUAUUUCUAUGGAAGAUGUAACUCUACGUCUCAUCUUGCUGGCAGCAGAAGGAUAUGCUCUUAGAGGAAUUUUACUGGAAGAGCUUGCUGUUCAGCCUCAAGUGACACCUGAACUGAUGGAAAGUUAUGAGAUGUCAUCAUCACUCGUAUUUAAUUUGAUAGAUAGGGAUGGUACAGGGAGGAAGGCAUUUGCUGGGAGUGGUUUGGACACUUGUAACUGGAGAUUGGGAGACGUUCUAGAGCUAGUGCUGCUGAAAUUGCCAGUGCUCUAUUUACAUAUGGGGAACAUACAAAAGAGCAUUGAUUAUUUGAAACAACUGUUAGCACCCUCGGAAACUGAAACAUUCCAGUCUCUUAGAUUGACUGCUGCCAGAAGGCUAGCUCAGAUACUACUGAGGGGUGUCUUGGACAGUUCAUAUGUUGCCCCAGAUGGAGAGAUUAUGAAAUCAAUUGAGGCAUCAGGAGGUCACAGGCUCUCUUUACCAACUAGUUCUCUCAAGGGAGCCCAGAAAGAAUUGAUUUUUGUGCCACAUAACGCCACUGAAGAAAUUCUCUUGCUUCUUGUUGUUGUUGAAACAAUGGUUCACAUGGAGGCAGAGUUUUCUCUCUUUCCUGAAGUGCUUGCCGCCAGAGACGAGUCUCAUCUGCAAGCUGUAACUGUGUAUGACCUUCUAACAGUGGCUUUGUCAAUGCGAGAGCAUUACGGACCUCUUGCUGAGUGCUGUGUGCAGGUUUUUGACCGGGCAAUGAAGUUUUCGUAUGAACAAAAGCAUGUAUGGCGUCAAUUUAGUCUUGUAUUAAUUGCAGCAGGAAAGUAUAAUCAUGCACUGUCUGUGCUAAAACAGUGCCACACAAUGGCUCCAAGUGAUGCCGAUGUUCUGUUUGACGCUGCAAAACUCUGCAUAAAUUGUCUUAAUAUUCCUUACGAAGCUGCUGACUUUGCGAAGAAGUUAGUUGCUCUUGGAGAUGACCAUCCGUUAGCAUCUCGUGGGUAUUUAGCAUUGGGGGUUGCAUAUGGAAGACAAUCAUUAGAAGAAAAAACUCUGCAAGAAAAUGUUGCCUCUCUUAGUCAACAAGCCAUGGAAUCAUUGCAAAAAGCUCGUGAGCUAGAUCCACGUUGUCUACUGGUUUUGUAUCACUUGGCUUUACAACACGCUCAUCGCACCGAAAUCAAGUCUUCACUUCAACUGGUAAGUGAGGCUCUUGCAGUGGAUCCUAGUCAUCCAGAUUGCUUACACUUGAUGGCUUUGCUCUUGUCAGCUCAGAAACAGUAUGAUGAAGCGAUGACAGUAGCCAGGAUAGCUACAGAAGAAUGGCCUGAUAAUUUUAGACUGUUGUUCACCCAAGCUCGAUUGGAAGAAGUGACGGGUAGUGGCAAUGAAGCACUUUCGACGUGUCAAACGAUGCUAGACUUGUGGAAGCAGACCUAUCAAGAGGAGAUGGAAGAAGUAAAGGGUUCUGGACUGUUAGAAAGAAUAAUUGCUGAGAAAAAGGAUUUAAGUCAAGUGGAAAUGGCAAGUCUAGGAGACCGUGAUCGCCGAAGCUCUUCCCCUACCCAUUCGUUGAUGGCUCUGUCAACUGUCUCACGUGGUGAUGUCGUAUCAGACACGCCCUCGGGACAAUUUUCAGUCACUCAGAGUACUAUUUCCUCAGCCAUUGGUCAAGCAUGGGCACUACAAGCUGAGAUCUGGCUUCUGAUUGUGGACAUUUAUCUGCAGCUGGACAGGCAUGAAGAUGCUACUGCCUGCCACGAAGAGGCAAAACUGAUUGCCCCCAUCUCGGCUCCAGUUUUCUAUCAGGAGGGUCUCGUAGCGGAAGCAAACGGAGAUCUCUCGUGUGCAAAGCAUUGUUACGAGAGUGCACUGUCUAUUAUGCCCAACCACGUUGACAGUCUCGUUCAAUUGGGAGUCAUUAAUUAUAGAGACAGCAAGUUGACCAUGGCAGAGAAAUACCUGAAAGAGGCAGUGCGGAUCAACCCAUCGUGCUACAAAGCAUGGUCUCACUUGGGGAUGACACUGCAGGCACAAGGGAGGGGAGAAGAUGCGUCCAAUUGCCUUUUCACUGCAAUCGAUUUGGAAUCGAGUGCUCCCAUUGUACCAUUCACGACUCUACCUAGGCUACUGUAGUCAAAUUUGUUUA